AUGCUGAUUGAUGCGAACUCUUAUGAGGGUAUUGUGAGUUCUGCAUACUCUAGUUCACCUGGAAGAGAGCAGCUUGCAUUUGCUACCUUCCAACUUUACCGUUUCCUUUUUGCGGCUUCCAGCUCCUCUACCGCCCCAGCCGGGGGGAAAUCGCGCAUACAUUCGGACACUCCCCUCUUCAACAACAUCUUUCGUCGCCAGUCCAGGUCAAGCACCGGGCCUGGGCAAACCUCCUGUGCCCCCAAGUCGGCUCCCCUUGAUGCCGACUCCAUGUUGGCUUCUAUGCCAGUCUUUACAAAACCCCUGACUCUACUCAAGCCCGUCGCUGCCGAGUCCCUCUCUCCUCCCGCCCUGCCUCCUCACUGGAAGGCUUCUGGAAACCCAACGAAGGGCAUGUGA